UCCCUGCCUUGCCCCACCCCGCCUCGCCAGCGGCUGCCGCCGCGUCAGGUGACAGCCCGGAAGCUGCGGAAGCGGAUGAGAGAAGCGCGGCUGCGGCCCUGGGGGCGGGAGCUGUUCUCCCUCCACCGAUCUCCUAGUGCGGCCCUCAUGUGCUGCGCUCGCUGACACCCGAAGUCCGCGGCUCUCCGCACACGGUGGGGUCGUCAGACCCGCUGCCCUUGGCGGUCGAAGUCGUAGUGUGGGCCCGCGGCGGCCGCCCAUGGAGAAGGCCAGGAGAGGCGGGGAUGGCGCCCCCCGGGGGCCCGUACUGCACAUCGUGGUUGUUGGCUUUCACCAUAAGAAGGGCUGCCAGGUUGAAUUCUCUUACCCGCCCCUGAUUCCAGGAGAUGGACAUGACAGCCACACUUUACCUGAAGAAUGGAAGUAUUUGCCCUUCCUUGCCUUACCAGAUGGCGCACACAACUACCAGGAAGAUACUGUGUUUUUUCACUUGCCACCCAGAAAUGGAAAUGGAGCCACAGUAUUUGGUAUCUCUUGCUAUCGACAAAUUGAAGCCAAGGCACUGAAAGUAAGGCAAGCAGAUAUCACCAGAGAGACUGUUCAGAAAAGUGUCUGUGUUCUAAGCAAGCUGCCUUUGUAUGGUUUACUUCAAGCAAAACUUCAACUCAUUACACAUGCAUAUUUUGAAGAGAAGGAUUUUUCCCAAAUUUCCAUUCUAAAGGAACUUUAUGAACAUAUGAAUAGUUCCUUGGGAGGGGCUUCAUUAGAAGGAUCCCAAGUAUAUCUUGGUCUGUCACCUCGAGAUCUCGUCCUUCAUUUUCGACACAAGGUCUUAAUCCUAUUUAAGCUAAUUCUUCUUGAAAAAAAGGUUCUUUUUUAUAUUUCUCCAGUGAAUAAAUUGGUGGGUGCACUGAUGACUGUGUUAUCCCUUUUUCCAGGCAUGAUUGAACAUGGUCUCAGUGACUGUUCUCAGUAUAGACCCCGGAAGAGUAUGUCUGAAGAUGGUGGACUUCAGGAAAGUAACCCAUGUGCAGAUGAUUUUAAUUCUGCAUCCACUUCUGACGUUUCACAUACCAACUUGGGAACUGUCAGGAAAGUCAUGGCAGGAAACCAUGGAGAAGAUGCUGCCAUGAAGGCUGAAGAGUCUUUGUUCCAAGUGGAAGACAGCAGCAAAGGGCAGGAACCCAAUGAUAACAAUCAAUAUUUGAAACCUCCAUCUCACCCAUCUCCAGAUUCUUCAGAAAGUGACUGGGAAACUUUGGAUCCUAGUGUCUUAGAGGACCCCAACUUGAAAGAAAGGGAACAGCUGGGAUCAGACCAGACAAAUUUGUUUCCAAAGGACUCUGUCCCCUCAGAGAGUCUUCCAAUUACUGUACAACCUCAAGCUAAUACGGGACAGGUAGUCCUGAUACCAGGGCUCAUUUCGGGUUUGGAAGAGGAUCAGUAUGGCAUGCCCCUGGCCAUCUUCACAAAGGGAUAUCUGUGUUUGCCUUACAUGGCAUUGCAGCAGCAUCAUCUUCUCUCCGAUGUCACCGUUCGGGGGUUUGUUGCUGGAGCUACUAACAUCCUUUUUCGACAACAGAAACACCUCAGUGAUGCCAUUGUGGAAGUACGUUUAUGUGUAGAAGAAGCUCUGAUCCAGAUCCAUGAUCCAGAACUCAGGAAGCUGCUUAACCCAACCACUGCAGACCUAAGGUUCGCAGAUUACCUAGUGAGGCACGUGACUGAGAAUCGGGAUGACGUCUUCCUAGAUGGCACGGGCUGGGAGGGAGGUGACGAAUGGAUCCGGGCCCAGUUUGCAGUUUACAUUCAUGCCCUGCUGGCUGCCACACUGCAAUUAGAUAAUGAAAAGAUAUUAUCGGACUAUGGGACAACUUUUGUUACAGCAUGGAAGAAUACUCACAACUACAGGGUGUGGAACAGCAACAAGCAUCCAGCACUUGCAGAAAUAAAUCCAAACCAUCCAUUUCAAGGCCAAUACUCAGUAUCAGACAUGAAGUUAAGAUUCUCACAUUCUGUUCAGAAUAGUGAACGUGGCAAAAAAAUUGGAAAUGUCAUGGUUACAACUAGCCGGAAUGUUGUGCAAACAGGAAAAGCUGUUGGCCAGUCAGUUGGAGGAGCUUUUUCCAGUGCAAAGACAGCUAUGUCUUCAUGGCUUUCCACUUUUACCACUUCCACCUCCCAAAGUCUCACUGAGCCACCGGAUGGGAAGCCUUGAGCAGGGUGUCAGAAGCUGCUAUUGCUUUCUGAGGUUUAAGUGUCCCCUGUCUGUCUGCUGCUCCCAGGCUGUUAUCAGCCACAGAUCCACAGCAGGGGACCAUAUGUCGAACUGUUUACAUAGAUGGUUGCUCUAAGUGAAUGUUUCAGGAUGCCGAAAUGAUGAAAUCACAGCCAUAGCAGGGAUGGCUUUCCAGGUUGGGGUUUCAAUUGACUACUUUUAUUUCAGUCUGAGCCUGAUUAAAACAUACAGUGAACCUUCUAA